AUCUCUUCUACUACUUAAUCAUAAAAAAAAAAAUACUCGAAUCUAAAUCCAGAGAGAACUAAAGCUAAGUUUGAGAAUAAGGAAUUCUGUUGACUGUGCUGACCCGUCUGAACUUUUUUGAUAAGAAACGGUGUGAAGAUGGCAAGCUCAUUCGCCAAGAUGAUGUCGAGCCGUGGCUUGCUCAUGGCGAGCAUUGGAGCCGGUGCGAUGGCAACUGGUUAUCUAUUGAGUGACAGUGCUGCCAUCUCGGCAGAACAGAGGAGGAAACUAUACCCUCCGAGUGCUGACUUCCCUGACCUUCGCAAACACAACAACUGUAUGUCCAGUGCACUGACCCCUGCCAUCUAUGCCAGGCUGAGGGACAAGGUUACCCCAAAUAACUGGACUCUUGACCAGUGCAUUCAGACUGGUGUGGACAACCCCGGUCAUCCCUUCAUCAAGACAGUUGGUAUGGUUGCUGGUGACGAGGAGAGCUAUGAGGUGUUUGCUGAAAUCUUUGACCCUGUAAUCAAGGAUAGACACAAUGGCUAUGACCCAAAGACUAUGAAGCAUCCCACUGACCUGGAUGCCUCCAAGGUGCAAAUCCGUUUUAUUUCAUCAUGUAAAAUUAGUUUCUCAGAGUUCAAUUUGAUUCUACUAUCUUCCUGGUUGUUUAUCUUGCAGAUCCACUCAGGCGUAUUUGACGAACACUACGUCUUGUCCUCCCGUGUGCGCACAGGCCGCAGCAUCCGUGGCCUCAGCCUUCCCCCUGCCUGCAGCCGCUCUGAGCGACGUGAAGUGGAAAGAGUGACUGUCCAGGCCUUGGCUGGCCUAAAAGGAGACCUCUCUGGACGUUACUACAGUCUGACUGAAAUGACUGAUGCUGAGCAGCAACAACUUAUUGAUGAGCAUUUUCUCUUUGACAAGCCAGUGUCUCCUUUGCUCACUGCAGCUGGGAUGGCCAGGGAUUGGCCAGAUGGUCGUGGGAUCUGGCAUAACAAUGAGAAGACCUUCUUAAUAUGGAUCAAUGAGGAAGACCACACCCGUGUCAUCUCCAUGGAGAAGGGUGGCAACAUGAAAAGGGUGUUUGAGAGGUUCUGCAGAGGACUCAAACAGGUGGAACAAUUGAUUAAGGAGAGAGGCUGGGAGUUCAUGUGGAACGAAAAUCUUGGUUACAUACUGACUUGCCCAUCCAACCUGGGCACUGGCCUCAGGGCUGGCGUACACGUCCGCUUGCCAAAGCUCAGCAAGGACCCUCGUUUUAACAAGAUUCUGGAUAACUUGCGGCUUCAGAAGCGUGGCACCGGAGGUGUGGACACAGCUGCGGUUGGUGACACUUUCGACAUCUCAAACCUUGACCGCCUGGGCAAAUCUGAGGUGGAACUGGUUCAGAUGGUCAUCGAUGGCGUCAACUACCUUAUCGAGUGUGAGAAGAAGCUGGAGAGGGGCCAGGAUAUCAAGAUCCCCGCCCCCAUCCAACAUUUUAAGAAGUGAGCAACAUUCUCCUGAUGAAGGUUGGAUCCAUACAGCAAAGAGAAACAUGGACACUCCUUCCACCAAUCCCAGAACUUGAAGGUCUUAUAUGUAUAGAAAACUCAAUAAAAUGAACUCUAAAACUA